AAUUGUACGAGUUUUGUUGUGUUGAGAAAUGCAUGAAAGUGGCAUGGAAGCGGAGGAGAUUCAGCAGGCACCAGCUUGUAAGUUCCCAAGAGUUGGAAACGGUAGAAACGACUCUAGCAAGAUAGGCUCAAAAGGGGUUUCUGAUCACUACCCAGAUGAUGAAGAAGAUGGAGAACUCAACAGGGCUGGCAAUGUUGUCCCAGGAAGCGAUGCCGGUGGGAAUGCUAAUCGACUUCGAGGAUGGAACCAUUCGCGCAUCAUUAGGGUUUCGCGUGCCUCGGGUGGUAAAGAUCGGCACAGCAAGGUCUGCACGUCCAAGGGCUUGAGAGACCGGAGGGUUAGGCUAUCGGUUACUUCGGCGAUUCAGUUCUAUGAUCUUCAAGAUCGGCCGGGUUACGAUCAGCCUAGCAAAGCUGUGGAGUGGCUAAUCAAGGCUGCGGCUGAUGCUAUUGCAGAGCUUCCUUCGCUAAAUAGUGCUUUUCCUGAUACCCCGAAGCAGCUGAGCGAUGAGAAGCGGGCGAGUGGAGGUACGGAACAAGGGUUUGAUUCAGCUGAGGUUGAGUUAGAUGGUGACCCAAAUUUCCAGCAAAACCAAAGCCAGCACCUUUCUUUGUCCAAGUCCGCUUGUAGCAGCACCUCAGAGACGAGCAAGGGCUCCGGUUUGUCGCUCUCGCGGUCUGAAAUCCGGGUCAAGGCACGUGAGCGAGCCCGGGAAAGAGUAGCUAAAGAGAAACAGAAGGAAAAUGACUCCGGUAUUGCUCAAAAUGUGAACCACAUUUCACACAAUGCUUCGUUUACUGAGCUUCUCACCGAUGGAGUUCGCAGUGUUAACAACAAUGCUACACUUCCCAUUGAAUGGAAUUAUCAAAACCCCGAUGGUGAGCCUAAUUUAUUGCAUAAGGCGGCGAGGCAGUGGAGUUGUGCAAUCCCAAUGGAUUAUUCCGAGUCUGGGCUAUUGGGGCCUUCGUCCGGAGUCCAGCACUCGUCGAGAUUUUCUGGACAUGUCCAUUUAGGCAAUUCCAUUCCACAAGCAAUGACAACGUCCGCUGUAAAUGCGAAUAGUUGGGACCGUAUGAAGUGUUUCAAGGCUUCAUCUCCAGGAAUUGAGUUCUGUCCCUCAAGUACUAACAAGCUAUUUCCUGGAGUGUGUUUGGUCCCAAAUGGCGCAGUCCAGGGUUUGUGCCAUGGAGAAGACAGGAAAUGGUUCACCAGGGGAUGCCCAAGAAACAUUGGAUGGCUCGCACUUGUUGGAUUGAUCACAUUUUGCAUCAUGUUUUUCUCUCCUGGAAUGGGAAUCGUCCCCGGGAUUUUCAACCCUGAGAUAUCUCUAAUGUAUCGAGGCAUCUGUGGAGGAAUUGCUGCCACUGCAAACUGGAUCUCAAACCUCAUUGUUCCACAGUCCGUCCUGACUUUAACGCAUGCCUUUGAAUCUUCCUGGACAUUCCUCAUAUUUUUGGCCAUUUCUGUUGUAGCCCUGUUCUUUUCCUUGAUCAACGUCCCAGAAACAAAGGGGCUUCCAAUUUGAGCUAGGUGGAGAGUGCGCGCCUGCUCUAGGUGAAUUGAUUUGGGUGCGCUGGAAUUGUCUAUUAAUUGCCUUGCAGCUAUUUUGAUGCUUGAUAAGGUUUGAUUAUCUGCUGAUAUGUUUUCAGCAUACGUAGUUUGUCCCGUUGUUGGUCUGCAUUGUUGUUGAUGCAGCAGUUGCACUUCUAGUUUUUCUGUACAGUGGUAUUGUCACUGGAAUGUUGCUUCCUCUUGUUAUCAUGUUGGUGUGCUGUUUUCUUGAUGUAAUCCUGUUGGUGUGUUGUUGUUUUCUGUUGCUGCUCAACAGUUAUAAAUGUUACCCGAAGAAAGAAAAGAUGCUGGAGCUUAGAGCUUUGCACUUAA